CGGCCUUCAGCCUGGAAUUGAGGUCUCCUUCGCUUUCCCCCUCCAGUCCCUUCCUAGUCUUGAUUUCGUCGUUACAACAUCUCGCGCUUGCAUACAUUAUCUCUCCUUCCGCAUCCUGCGGCUUCUUCUUCCCAUGCUCCCAUAAAUCGGGCUCACCAUGUCCCGGAGGACACUGGGCGGAGGCCGUGUCCUGGGCCCCGUGAACGCUCGCUCUCCGUCCGCAGCAAUCACAUCUCCACAGCCAAAACCAAGGAUUCUAUCGCCAUCCGCCAGCACUGUUUCCCUUAGCUCUCAAGCUUCCGCCUCCCAAAUCUCAUCCGAGACCCAGGACCUCACGUCCCGGAUUUCACUUGAGAAUGGCGGCAACCCGAUUCCUGCAGCUCCGGCCGCUGCCGGGGCGCAGCUCGCCUGUCCGAUCUGUAGUGAGGAGAUGGUCACGCUGUUACAACUAAAUAGACACCUCGACGACGUGCAUCAAAACCUCGAAGAUGAUCGCCAGGACGAAGUGAAGGACUGGUUUAAAACCCAGAUGGAAAAAGCCAAGCGAUUCCAGCCCCUGGCUGUCCUCAACCAGAAACUCAAGGGCUUAGAUGUGUUCGAAUCGAACGACAACCACCAAACCGUAACAGGUGCAAGCCGUCCCCCCGGCCCCAUUCCGCAAAGCUUAGUCCCUGAUCAACUGAGGCCACUGGACCCGGAGGACAUAAUAACGAAGGACCAUUGGCAACCUCGAGGAUUCUACGAUUCUUGCUUGGAGCCGUCGUGCGGCAAACGGCUUAAUGCGGCCAAUGGGUGCAUUAAUUGCCGGAAAUGCGGGAAACUUUUUUGUGAGGAGCAUACGAUGUAUCAAAUGAAACUUUCUAGGUCGGCGCAACAUGAGCCGGUGCGGGGACUGUGGUACAGGGUUUGUGAGACUUGUUACAAGUCGCGGGAAGGAUAUAAUGAUCACAACGGUUUGGUAAGAAAUCGAAUGGACGAAUUCAAGGCCAUAAGGAAACCGACAGUAGACAAAGCUCUGCUCGAGGUUUCUCGCUUGGAAAAACGUGUAACGCGCCUCACUCAACUGUUGGCUAGCUUACCUGCGGACCAGAUUCAAUCAGGCGCCAAUAAACUGUGGCCAAUCCCAUGGCAAAACGACCAGCGGAAGGCUCUGGAACAAACAGUGGUCAGCUGGCAGGAUGAUACAAGCGUUUCGAGGUGUCCAUUCUGUCAACAGGAUUUCUCCAGUUAUUCGUUCCGAAGACAUCACUGCAGGACUUGCGGGCGAGUCGUAUGCGGUGAUCCGACGACAGGAUGUUCAGUUGAAGUACCGUUAACUGUAACUCCUUUAUCCAAAGCAUAUGUAGAAAAAUCGGUCCGUGUUGGGUCCGUUAAUGUUGAUGUCAGACUCUGCAAAGACUGCAAGUCAACAUUAUUUGAUCAGCGUGACUUUGAGGCCGACAUUACUCGAAAGCCUCCAGACGUGAGGGCAUAUGAGAAUUUAGUGCAGUUUGAGAGGGGAAUUCGACUUCUAAUGCCCAAGUUCCAGAAACUCCUAGGGACUUUGCAAAACCCAAAACGCCCACCGUCUGCCACUCAAAUAGCCGAAGCGUCUAAAGUCCGCAAGAGACUCACUGAUUCCUUUACACAAUACGAUGUGGCCGCCCGGCGCAUUCGCGAUCUCCGAACAGAUUCUCAAACACAGAAACGUCUUCAAACAGCUAUAUACCAGCAAGCUAGCAACUUUCUCCACCUCCACAUGCUUCCCUUGAAAACCCUGCCCAAAAUUCUCAAACAUGCGACUCCUAAUGGUAAUAUACCCAGCGCUCCCGGCAGUCCUAGCAGCGUAUCGACGGGAGGUCACCGACGGCAAGGCUCUGCUCUAGCAUCUAUCAAAUACGGCAGCUUUCCUGCUAGUGGAAGCAAUAGCAGUUUAGCUAGCGAUACGAGCAGUGCAGUCUCCGCGCUGGAAGUGGAAGAGAAGGCAUUACGCGAACGCCUCAUUGUGCUGGAAGAGCAGAAGUUCUUAGUUUCUGAAAUGAUUGCAGACGCCAAUCGGCGCCGAAAGUUUGACGAGGUCAGCAGCCUUGCGAUGAAUAUCGAGGAUCUCACUCGAGAGAUUGACCGCGUUAACGGAAUGCUUGACGGGCUAGACUUUGAAGGAGUGUAUACUGGUAAUCAGCAUACAGAUUAAAUCUUGCGCCAUAUCUUGCCGCACGGUCCUCUAUAUUAUUUUAAUUCCUAUUUUCUUUUGUUCCCAGCCAAACCCAACAGUUGGGUUUGUAUUGCGCCUCUUAUAUGUCUAUUUUCUCAUUUAUUCUGAUGUAUGGCAUGGCGUUUGGGGCUUUAAGUGGCUGCAUAGCACUGGGCGUUCUGUGUAUGCGAUUAGUGAUUCUGUCCAAGGAAUUCGAAAGGCCUUUACAAUCGUUAAUAUCUUUUCCUUUGGAAUUUCAUACAAUGCAAUAAUACGUAUAAUUAAUUAGCUGUAGCUGUACGCCUACUCCGUACUAUAGUUUCAAUCACAUUUAUCUUAAACCCGUGGAUUGUCCAGUGACUCCAGUCACUUCUCCAUACUUGGGGUACUUAAAGCGGG